UGAAACUAGCGCUGAAAGGACAAGGAACAUUAAAAGAACCACUUUUUAUCCUUUUUAUUUUUGUUCCUUACGAACAUUAGAGGCACAAGCAUCCGGUUUCAGUAUGUGUGACGUAACCGAACCGGGUGGAAUUUCGGGAGUAUUCGUCGACUUGACACAAGCCGAGCCGUGUUGGCGGCCACUCACUCACAUGGCGGACUCACGACAAGAAUGAACCCACCGUGGAAGUGUUGAUAAAGAUACCGGGGAAAACAGAAUGUACACGACAGAGCGGAGGCGUAUGAGUUUACGGCGGGAGUCCGUCUCGCCGCAGUCGUCGGCGGGCACUUUGUGGCAGGACCCGCUGGCCAUGGAACUGAGUGCCCGGAGCACCGCCGCCAAGAACGGCGCCGUCUCGCCCCGGAGCCGCGGCGGUCGCGCCGUGUCGGUGGCUUACAUCGCCAACGACGGCGAGGACGAGGGGGCUGCGACGGCGGGGGCUGCCCCGGCCGAGCGUCGCUUGUCCCUGGCGUGUGUGAAGGCGGCGUGUGCCGACUCGCGAGCCUCGUUUCAAAGCAUCCCGUUCGAGAGGAUCUCCAUGGCGACCACGGACGUCCUGGAUAGCUUCUACAACGCAGAUGUCGCUGUGGUGGAGAUGAGUGACUCCUUUUGCCAGGCGUCUCUCUUCUAUCACCUGGGAGUGAGGGAAAGUUUCAGCAUGACCAACAUCAUCAUCCUGUACUGUUAUCAGGAGGACACAGACCUGCAGGCUGUCAAGGAGCAAUGUGGAAGCUACACGUUCCUCCCUUAUGUGGUGACGUCUCAGGGCAAGGUGUUCGCCUGCGAUGGCGCCGUGAUGACGGGCAUCAAAGAGCUGAUGCAGCCCGCUUUCCAGCUGGACUCUCUGCUCACGCCAUUGGCGGAGAGACUGGCGCACUUGCUCAACAACGUCGAUGUGCAGUCCAGCGAGUACUUCCGGGAGUCCAUCAGGCACGAAAUCCGCAUGGCGAGGGAGCGGUUCAGCGGUCGGGCUCUAGGCGAGGAGCUGAGUUGCAUCCAGAAGCGUUUGGACAGCGUGGAGCUGCUCACCCCUGACAUCGUCAUGAACCUGCUGCUGUCCUACAGGGACAUUCAGGACUACGAUGCUAUGAUCAAACUGGUGGAGAUGCUGAAUAACCUACCAAUGUGUCUUGUGGCAAGACACCAAAAUAUCAAAUUUCAUUACAUAUUUGCUCUCAACAGGAGGAAUCAACCAGGUGAUCGCGCCAAGGCUUUGGAGGAGGUCCUACCCAUUGUGGAAUCAGGAGGCAACGUGGUGUCGGACGUCUACUGCCUCUGUGGUCGCAUCUACAAAGACAUGUUCAUUAGCUCAGGCUUCACUGACCAGCACAGCAGAGAUCAAGCCUGCUACUGGUAUGGAAAAGCAUUUGAAACGGAACACACUUUGCACUCAGGCAUCAACAAUGUGGUCCUUCUGAUGGCGACUGGACACGAGUUUGAUACGUCCAUUGAGCUGCGUAAAAAAGGCGUGACCUUAAGCACUCUGUUGGGCCGGAAGGGCAGCCUGGAGAAGAUGAAAGACUACUGGGAUGUGGGAUUCUAUCUCGGCGCUAACAUACUAGCUAACGCGCACAGAAAAGUCAUCGAGGCUUCCGAGAAACUCUACAAGCUCAAGGCUCCCCUUUGGUACGUGGCGUCCGUGAUGGAGACCUACGUUCUGUACCGACAGUUUGCCAAGCCCCCCGAGGUGAGGUCUCCCAAGCAGGACACAGUGGACUUCUGGAUGGAGCUGCUGUCACAGUACUGUCAACCCAACAUCUCCACCGACUGCUGCCCAGUGCUCAUUCUGGAGCCCAGUAAAGUCUUUCAACCUUCUAUAGUGUCUGUGAGCGAGGGGGAUGAAAGUCACACUGUCCAGUUGAAACACGUCACUCCCUUCAAGAAAGGCUUGCAUCAGUGGACUUUCCCAGCCGCUGCAAUCCGGGGAGUGAGCGCUUCAAAGAUUGACGAGCGGAGCUGCUUCCUGUAUGUGCACUACAACUCUGACGACUUCCAGCUGUGCUUCCCCUCAGAGCUGCACUGUAAAGGUUUCUGUGAUCUGGUAAAUUCUCUGCUCCAUAAGGCUGAGGAGGCCUCCGAGGAUCUGAAUCAUAUCAGUGAGGGAAUACUUGAGUACGUCUAUGAGAUCAACGAGAAUGGCAACAAGGUGGUCCUUGGGAAAGGCACAUAUGGCGUCGUGUACGCCGGUAGGGACAUGAGCAACCAAGUGCGUAUCGCCAUCAAGGAGAUCCCAGAGAAGGACAGCACUUAUUCCCAGCCUCUCCACGAGGAGAUCUGCCUUCACAAGCGGCUGAAGCACAGAAACAUCGUCCAGUACCUGGGCUCCAUUAGUCAGGACGGUUUCAUCAAGAUCUUUAUGGAAGAAGUACCAGGAGGUAGCCUUUCGUCUCUGCUCCGUUCCAAGUGGGGUCCCCUGAAAGACAACGAGGCCACCAUCAUCUUCUACACCAAGCAGAUUCUCGAGGGGCUAAGAUACCUUCACGACAACCAGAUUGUCCACAGAGACAUCAAGGGUGACAACGUGCUGAUAAACACAUACAGCGGUGUUUUAAAGAUCUCCGACUUUGGAACCUCCAAGAGGCUCGCGGGUAUCAACCCCUGCACUGAAACUUUUGCUGGAACGCUACAGUAUAUGGCACCAGAGAUUAUAGACCAGGGGCCUCGGGGCUACGGGAAGCCGGCUGACAUAUGGUCCCUUGGGUGCACUGUCAUCGAAAUGGCAACGGGCAAAACGCCCUUCCAUGAGCUGGGGAGUCCUCAGGCAGCCAUGUACAAGGUUGGGAUGUUUAAGAUCCACCCCAAGGUUCCGGAGUGCAUGUCAGUUGAGGCCAAGAACUUCAUCAUGAACUGUUUCGAGCCCAACCCGGAUGACCGGGCCACGGGAACUGACCUACUCAGGGACACUUUCCUUACGUCGUCCCCCAGGAAGAAGCUAAGGGCCCCGCAGGAGUGUGACCCCGAAGACGCUUCUGCUGGUGACUACCAACGCAGCCUGUCAGUGCCAGUCUUGUCCAUUGUUGUGGAGGACACUGACGCCUACUCCGAUUCAAUUGACCUGUCCUGCUCACUGGACUUCAGGAGGACACAGUCCAUCUUUAGAGCAAACCACAUCUCGGAGAGCCCGCCCGGCAAUGGUCGCUUCCUGCCAGUGCCGGAGGACUCGGCACUGGACAUGAGCAGCCCAGCGUCUACAGACGAGAACAUGGGCAUGUUCUUGCUGAGGAAGGACAGUGAGAGGAGGGCCACGCUGCACCGGGUGCUCACUGAUUACAUCGCCAAUGUGGUGGUGAACAUACAGGAAACCUUGCCGCAGUUUGAGAGGUCGUCGCUCACUUCGGAGCACAUCACCGAGCUGGUUUGCUGCCUGCGGGCCAACAUCUGUUCACCAGACAAGAAGCGGCUGACCAGCAGCCUGCGGCACCUUCGAUCCGCGCUGCUUUCCGCCGCCAUACCUCUCAACGGCCUGCAGGCGGUGCUGUUUAGCUUCCAGGACGCAGUGAAGAAGGUGUUGAGGCAGCAGCAGGUGAAGCCUCAUUGGAUGUUCGCACUUGACAACCUGCUGAGACAGGCAGUGCAGGAAGCCAUCACUGUGCUUCUUCCAGAAUUGAAGCUCCAGCUGCAGUCGUCGUUCGAGACGGAGGACACCAGUCCUGAGGAGUCGAUGGCUGAUGCGAACGGCGUCCAGCGGGAGGAGGAGAGGGUGGCAGCAGAAUACCAACGGUCCGAGUCAGUCGACAAGUUGUUUGUGCUGGCCAGCCCAACGGACGCCAUCCUGAACAACAACUGCCCGCUCAGUGACGAACUGAGGGACCUCAGACUAGAGACCAGAAGGCUGCUGAGGCUGCUGAAUGACAAGGAGAGAGAGUACCAGGACCUACUGAAGAUGUCAGUGGAGAAGAAACAGGAAGACAUCAACGCUCUCAGGAGACACACUCCAGAUGAUGGGUGGACUGCACAGAAGAGCUGUGAUCUAGAUGUGAAGGACAUGGUGAGCUGGCUGGAGACCAUUCCAGUUGACCAGCACACUGUAGAGAAGUUGGUCGCUCAUGAAUUCACGUUGGACUGUCUCCUGCACAUGGCCUGCAGGGACGACUUGAUGUACUGUGGAAUAAGAGGAGGCGUGCUGUGUCGCAUGUGGGCGGCCAUUAUUGCUUACAGGAAGUCUGAGCGCAGCAGCACGUUGGACCAGGACUGCCACGCCGCUCCACUUUGACACCUGACACCUUUAGUGGACAGGCUGGACCUGUUUCAGCGAUUUUUUUUGUGGGGAUUGGGGACACCACACUAGGAGGCCCAUUAUCUGGGAUUAGCAACAUCACCCACAUCAACAUCAGAUCACAUAACAGUCAUCGCAUUGUUUUGAACCUGCACCACACAACAAAAACUGUACUUCACUAUAAGGUUUCUUAUGAAGUAGACACAAAUGUUCCAGACAGACAAAAAACAAAAAGUGCUUCAUCCCUGGUUUAUAUGUCAUCUUUGUAUUGUAUAUGUGUGCAACGUGAGGUCAUUCUUUGUGCUCGCUGUCACUCCUUAGUGAUGACAACACAUGUCUCCAGGUUGGAAUCUUCACGUGACUCACACACACAUGCAUGCACGCACGCACGCACACAAGCUGACACUAUAACAACAUGUUAGCAUGUCUCUUGCACUGAAGAACUUUAUCAGGUUUUUAACGCUUUGUAAGACACUGGUUGAAGAGUACCGGUAUGUGUAAUUAUCAAACCCUAAAUUAUGUCUUGCUAUACAUUAUGCCAUUUAAAAAGUCCUAUUAUACAGUGGACACUCUAUUUGCGGGGGCUAGGGAACGAGCCAGGCCACAAUUAGCGAAUUUCCGCAUAUAAUUGAUGCACCCUAACAGUGAUAGAAUUUGUGAUCAGGGAUUAAGUUAUAAUUGCCUAUAUUAAUAGUUUAGACCACAAACACAAUAACACAAAUUAUGAUCCUAAAACACUUUAAUAACAUUUCACACACUUGGAAACAUCUUUAAAAAAAAUAUAUACAAUACUGUAAGGAAAUAUCUUAGGGCAAACCUCACAUCUCUCACCGGUAUCUGCUUUGCUACGUGUAGUCAAUUUCCCUCCUCCCACUCUCCACCUCCGUAGUUCUGGUGUGUGUUACAAAAAUAAGAGUAUGCAGAAACGAACGAACUUCCUCCUCAGCCUCUAUACCGGCAUCCAGUUAGCCACUAACUAGUCUGUUGCCAGUUUUUUUUGCCGAUUUUGUCCCUUUCCGACCAAGCACGUCAAAUGAUCUUAAAUGUUUUAAGAUUAUCCUAUAAAAUUGUCCUUAGGUCUGAUAUGUGUGAAGAGUGGAUUCGUUCAGAUUUUAGGGUCCUAAACAGGUCGGGGAUGACAAUCUUAAAUAAUGAACGUGUUCAAUAUUUGGGGGGCACACCACACACAUAACGACCAAAACUGUUAAAUGGAUGAUUUUUUUAACUUUUGUGUUCAGGCCGGCUUUACAUCCUACUGUGAUAGCCCUGGCUACAUGACCUCGUACAAACGCAAGACUACACCCAACGCAACAGGACAUUAUGCAACUUCAGAACUGUUCUCCCAAAGUACAUACAAACUGUUAGCAGUAUUUUGCUACGAAAAAAAAAUCCAUCCAUCCAUUUUCCAUACCGAUUAAAUGUCAUAGAAAAUCGCGAGUAGACGGGGAUUUCUGCGGAUUCAGUAGAUUUGGUUCCGAAAAAAAACCAAAUCAGCGUAAGGGUGAAUUCGUGACUGCCAAACCGCGAAUGUACCGGGGUCGACUGUACAUCAUAUACAUCGUGCACGACAAUCAAAGAUGCACCCUUCCUUGGAUGCGCCCCUACCUACACUAUUAUGGUAUGUAUUCCAGAAUGUCUUUCUAUAAUAUAUCAUGCCAUUGUAUAUGUCCUAUUAUACAUAGUGUCAUUUUAAAAUCUUUCUAUACAUUAUUGUGUAAAUAUUAUGACAUAUACAUCAUGUCUUUAAAAAAUUUCUUAAUAUACAUCAUAGCCAUCAUGCAGCAUAAACAAUGAUGCACCCUAUUUAGCAUGCACCCUACCUAGGAUGCACCAUACCUACAGGCUACAUCAUGUUAUUAAAAAUGUCUUACUGUACAUGUCAAUAAAAGAAGUACUCUACAUCAUGUAUUAUAAAAAUGUCUUGUUAUCCAUCAGCCUGAAGUGUUUCACAUGACCAGUCGUCAACUACAAUGCAUUUAACAACCAUUCCUCACCAUCACUGUGACACAUUUACAUUUAAUCCUACUGACUUGAAUUAAAACCACUAAUCUGUGUGUGUGUUUGUGUAGGUGUGUGCGUGUGUCCCUGCGUGUGUGUUUAUUAUUGACCGAG